AUGGUCGGAGCGAGCUUGGGGCCCCCCGGUCGCGGCUCCCUCUCCCGUCUCAUCCGUCUAGUCAUCUGUGUGUUAACCCUAUGUGCGUUGAGUGUACAGGGCAGAAGCGAGUCAACGGAGGGUCACAGCAAGGACCUCCUCUACAAGUACAAGCUGUAUGGAGAUAUAGACGAAUAUGCCUACUACUUUCUAGAUAUUGAUAUAGGGACCCCGGAGCAAAGAAUUUCCCUCAUUUUGGACACGGGCUCAUCCUCCUUGAGCUUCCCCUGUGCAGGAUGCAAGAAUUGUGGGGUUCAUAUGGAGAACCCCUUUAACCUUAAUAACUCCAAAACGUCUUCCAUUUUAUAUUGCGAAAAUGAGGAGUGUCCUUUUAAGUUAAAUUGUGUUAAGGGGAAAUGUGAGUACAUGCAGUCCUACUGUGAGGGUUCCCAAAUUAGUGGGUUCUACUUUUCAGAUGUAGUUAGUGUGGUGUCUUAUAACAAUGAGAGGGUUACUUUUAGGAAGCUGAUGGGGUGCCACAUGCACGAGGAGAGUCUGUUCCUGUACCAGCAGGCGACGGGCGUAUUGGGGAUGAGUCUUUCCAAACCGCAGGGAAUCCCCACGUUCGUCAAUUUGCUUUUCGACAACGCCCCGCAGCUGAAGCAGGUGUUUACCAUUUGCAUCUCCGAGAAUGGGGGCGAGCUGAUCGCGGGGGGGUACGACCCGGCGUAUAUCGUGCGGAGGGGGGGAAGCAAGUCGGUAAGCGGGCAGGGAAGCGGACCGGUAAGCGAGUCGUUAAGCGAGUCGGGGGAGGACCCACAGGUGGCCCUCCGAGAGGCGGAAAAAGUCGUCUGGGAAAACGUGACGAGGAAGUACUACUACUACAUCAAGGUGAGGGGGCUGGACAUGUUCGGAACAAACAUGAUGAGCUCCAGCAAGGGGUUGGAGAUGCUGGUGGAUUCGGGGAGCACCUUCACUCACAUCCCGGAGGACCUCUAUAAUAAGCUAAAUUACUUUUUUGACAUUUUGUGCAUCCAAGAUAUGAAUAACGCGUAUGAUGUGAAUAAGCGAUUGAAGAUGACGAACGAGUCGUUUAACAAUCCGUUGGUCCAAUUCGACGAUUUUAGGAAGUCCCUGAAGAGUAUCAUCGCGAAGGAGAACAUGUGCGUUAAGAUCGUAGACGGGGUGCAGUGCUGGAAAUACCUGGAGGGGCUGCCCGAUCUGUUUGUCACUCUCUCGAACAAUUAUAAAAUGAAGUGGCAGCCACAUUCGUAUCUGUACAAGAAGGAAAGCUUUUGGUGCAAGGGCAUAGAGAAACAGGUGAAUAACAAACCCAUAUUAGGGCUAACCUUUUUUAAAAACAGGCAAGUUAUUUUUGACAUUCAGAAGAACCGCAUUGGAUUUGUUGAUGCCAACUGUCCUUCUCACCCGACCCAUACGAGACCGAGGACUUAUAAUGAGUACAAACGGAAGGAUAAUAUUUUUUUGAAAAUUCCUUUUUUUUACCUGUAUAGCCUGUUUGUCGUCUUCGCCCUGAGCGUGCUGCUCUCCCUGGUGUUCUACGUCAGGCGCCUCUACCACAUGGAGUACAGCCCCCUCCCCUCCGAGGGCAAGGCGCCCGCGGAUGCGUAG